GGUCUUGUGGAGGCACUGAGGAGAUGUAUUGAAACCUAUCUGAUAAAGGUGAUGGAAUUCAAAGCUGUUAACUGUAGAGAGCCAGUGCCAGUAUGUGAACUGAAUGGUGUCAUAUCAUUAUGCAGACUCUUUGAUGCUUUCUUCCAUUUGGAAGGUGGAGCAGAGAUGUCUGGAUUUACCCAGAAGCUGGUUGAGAUGUGGUUUCAGUUCUGCCUUAUCUGGUCUGUCUGUGCCUCAGUGGAUGAAGAUGGGAGAAAGAAGAUUGACAAUUGUAUUCGGGAAAUUGUUGGAACCUUUCCCAACAAGGACACUGUCUACGAGUACUAUGUGGAUACAAACACCGGAGCUUGGGCUCACUGGGAGGAAAAGCUGAAGGGUAAAUGGAAGUAUAAACCAAGCAUUCCUUUCUACAAGCUGAGUGUACCAACAGUGGACACUGUUCGCUACCAGUUCCUGUGUACUGCUCUCAUCAAGAGACUUAAACCUGUACUGAUGGUGGGUGCAGUGGGGACCGGAAAAACUUUGGUCAUAGAAAGCACUCUGGCAAACUUUGACAAGCAAGAAUACAGUAUUUUGACAGUGACAAUGUCAGCCCAGUCUCGUCUUGAGAAGCACACUAAGGGAGUGUUUGUGCCUAUUGGAGGAAAGAAGCUCAUCACUUUUAUGGAUGACCUCAAUAUGCCAGCCAAGGAUGAAUACGGCUACCAGCCCCCGUUGGAACUGAUGAGACAGUGGCUGGAGUAUGGGUUUUGGUUUGAUCGUAACAAAAGGAUUAUUCAGUACAUCAAAGGCAUGUUUCUGGUGUCUGCCAUGGGCCCACCUGGUGGAGGCAGAAUGGUCAUUUCAAAUCGUCUGCAGAGCCGGUUCAAUCUCAUUAACAUGACAUUUCCUCAGGAUUCCCAGAUCAAGCGCAUCUUUGGCAGCAUGAUCAGUCAGAAGCUGCAGAAUUUUGAGGAAGAAGUUAAGGUGCUCAGUGACACGUUGACCCAGGGGACAAUCGAUAUGUACCAAGCCAUUGUUCUGCGGUUCUUGCCAACUCCCACUAGGAUACAUUACUUGUUUAAUCUGAGGGACAUCUCCAGGGUGUUUCAAGGGCUUCUCAGGGCAAAUAAGAACUAUCACGACACCAAAGCCUCCAUCAUCAGACUGUGGAUGCAUGAAUGCUACAGGGUUUUCUCAGAUCGGCUGAUAGACCAAAAGGAUCUGCAGGCAUUCUCAGAUGUUCUCUCAGAGAAAUUAGGGGUUGUCUUUGAGCAGACCUUCAACAACCUGUGUCCUAACAAAGCCAUUCCAUUGUUUGGUGAUUUCAUGAACCCUCAGAAAAUUUAUGAACAGCUGGUUUCAGCAGAAAAUGUCAAGACGUUCAUGCUGGAACAACUGCAAGUGUACAAUGACACACCCAAAAUUGUCAGCAUGGACCUAGUGCUUUUCAGGGAUGCAGUUGAGCACAUUUCCAGAAUCGUGCGUGUGAUUAGACAACCUCAUGGCAACAUGCUGCUGAUUGGCAUCAAUGGCAGUGGCCGGCAGAGCUUGACCCGUCUAGCCUCGUUUCUGUGUGACUAUGUUGUCUUCCAGAUUGAGGUCUCUGAUCGUUAUGGCAAGCAUGAGUUCAGGGAAGAUAUGAAGAAGCUGUAUUCUCAAACUGGAGUGCUGAACAAACCAACUGUGUUUCUCUUCAGUGAUGUUCAGGCAGCCGAGAAGAGUUUCUUUGAAGAUGUGAACUGCAUCCUUAGCAGUGGGGAGGUGGCAAAUCUGUACAGGAAUGAUGAACUGGAAGAGAUGAAGAACGUACUGUCCCAUGAACUGAAUAAAGAGGGAUUAGAAGACAGUAUACACAGUGCUUACAGUUUCCUCAUAGACAGAGUCAGAGCCAACUUGCAUGUUGUGCUCUGCAUGAGCCCAUUGGAGGAUGAAUUUCGAAACAGUAUACGAAUGUUUCCAGCGUUGGUGAACAAUACAGCCAUAGACUGGUUCCAUGAAUGGCCUGCAGAAGCACUGCUGGAGGUGGCAGACAAGUAUAUUUCUGACAUGGUUCUUGGCAACACUCAAGCAGAUCGAAAACAGUUUCGUCUGCAAGAAAGCAAAGCGUCCCUGUCGCAGAUGUUCAUGUUGGUCCACAAGUCUGUGGCAGAAUACUCCACCAAGAUGUUUCAGGAGAUCAGAAGAUUCAACUGUGUGUCCCCGACCAACUAUUUGGAGCUAGUCACUGGAUACAAGGAGCUGAUUUUUGAGAAAGCCAAAGAGCUAACUGAUGAUCGAGACAAACUUCGCAGUGGUCUCAGUAAAAUUGACGAGACUCGAGAGAAGGUGGAGAAGAUGUCUGUGGAUUUGGAAGAUGCAAAGAUCAUGGUUGCAGCCUGCCAGAAAGAGUGUGAGGAGUUCUUGAAGACACUGGUUCAGCAGAAAAGGGAGGCUGAUGAGCAGCAGAAAUCAGUGGCCAUCAAGAGUGAGAGAAUCAAGGAGGAAGAGAUCAAGUGCCAGGCGCUGGCUGACGUUGCCCAGGCUGAUCUUGAUGAGGCCAUGCCAGCACUAGAUGAAGCUAACAAGGCUUUGGAAUCUCUGAACAAGAGAGACAUGACCGAAAUCAAAUCUUAUGGCCGCCCACCGGUUCUAGUGGAGAAAGUGAUGGAAGCUGUCAUGAUUCUCAGAGGCAGUGAUCAGAACUUCUUGAAACAACUCAUGAACUAUGACAAAGACAACAUCACUGACCGUAUCCUGCGCAAGAUUGGCGGCUAUGUUGCCCAGAGUGACUUCCACCCAGAUAUUAUUGGUGGUGUGUCUGCAGCAGCCAAGUCACUGUGCAUGUGGGUUCGAGCCAUGGAGAUGUAUGGCCGCAUAUAUCGGGUUGUGGAGCCAAAGAGGAUCAAACUGAAUGCUGCCCUGGCUGUCCUGGCCCAGAAACGAGAAGCUCUCGCUGAAGCCAAGGCCAAGCUUGCUGAGGUUGAAGCCAAACUGCUAGAACUGAAGCUUUCCUAUGAUGAAAAACUUGCCCAGAAAGAGGAACUGAGAAGGAAAGCUGAUCUAACUGAGUUAAUGCUGGACAGAGCUCAGCGGCUCAUGUCUGGAUUGCAUUCCGAGAGGGUUCGUUGGGAAGAAAAGGUUGAGUCUCUAGAAGAAAACAUGGGACAUUUAAUAGGAGAUGUUCUCAUUGCUGCUGCCUUCCUGUCCUACCUCGGCCCAUUUCUGACCACAUUCAGGGAUGAGAUUUUGUUGUAUUGGAAGAAACAGAUAGAUAAGCUGAAGAUCCCUUGUGCGUACAGAUUUAAUUUCUGCACCUUUAUGACUAAGCCUACACAGCUGCGGGAAUGGAACAUCCAGGGUCUGCCUAGAGAUGAGUUUUCCACUGAAAAUGGAAUAAUUGUCACCAGAUGUCAGCGGUGGCCAUUUCUGAUUGACCCUCAAGGUCAAGGUAGCAGGUGGAUCAAAAAUAUGGAAGGGGAUUUUGGCCUGAAGGUAAUCGACAUAAGACAGCCAAAAUACCUGUCGGAAGUUGAGCUAGCAAUACAGUGUGGGUUGCCAGUUCUACUGACAAAUGUCCUCGAGACGUUGGAUCCUUCAUUAAACCCCCUCUUCAACAAGUCAUUUAUUAAAGCAGAAGGAGCCACAUAUAUUAAAUUUGGGAGCCACGAAAUUGAGUACAAUGAAGACUUCCGUUUCUACUUAACAACAAAGCUGGGAAAUCCACAUUUGAGUCCGCAGGUCCUCAUUAAAGUUGCUGCUGUCAAUUUUGCUGUAAUGAGUAAAGGUCUUGAAGCUCAGCUGCUAGGUGUUGUGGUUCGCAAGGAGAGGCCUGAACUAGAGGAGCAGAAGGAUAACCUGGUCUGCAGCAUUGCAGCAGGAAAGAAGAAACUUGAUGAGUGUGAGGAUGAGAUCCUGAGGUUGUUGAAUGAAACCAAAGGUUCCCUGCUGGAUGAUGCCCAGCUAGUGGACACGCUCCAGUUGUCAAAGAUGAUAUCUAUAGAAGUUACAGAGUCAGUGGCAGUCUCCGAGCAGAUGGAGGUUAAAAUUGAUGCAGCUCGUGAGUGUUACAGACCAUGUGCGGAGCAGGCUUCCAUACUCUUCUUCAUCUUGAAUGACUUGGGAAACAUUGAUCCAAUGUACCAGUUUUCCUUGGACACUUACAAUGAUCUGUUCUCUUUGUCGAUUGAGAAGUCACAACGAGCUAUAAAACUUGACGAGAGAAUCACCAACCUGAACGAGUAUCACUUGUAUGCUGUGUAUAAGCAUGUUUGUCGAGGCUUAUUUGAAAAACACAAGCUGAUCUUCUCAUUUCAAAUGUGUAUCAAGCUUCUUGAACAUGCCAGAAGGUUGAACAUGGAUGAGUACAACUUCUUUCUGAGAGGAGGUGUUGUAAUUGACAGAGAAAAUCAAAUGGACAACCCCUGCACCACCUGGCUGUCGGAUGAGUCCUGGGACAAUAUUACAGAGCUGGACAAACUGACCAACUUCCAUGGCAUCAUCACAUCGUUUGAGCAGUAUUCACGAGAUUGGUAUCUCUGGUAUAUCUCAUCGGAACCUGAAAACACAUCUUUGCCAGGUGAAUGGGAUAAAGCUUGCAAUGAGCUUCAGCGGAUGCUAGUUGUGAGAUCGCUACGCCCGGAUCGUGUCUCCUUCUGCGCCACCGCUUUCAUUAUCAAUAAUAUGGGCCAGAAGUUUACAGAGCCUCCCAUUCUGGAUAUGAUGUCCAUCGUUGAUGAAUCCUCUACUCGGACACCGCUCAUCUUUAUUGUCUCACCUGGAUCCGAUCCAAGAGCCAGUCUGCAGCAGAUUGCAGAGAGCUGUGGCAUGGCUGCCCAGUUUAAUACUUUGUCACUUGGUCAAGGUCAGGCUUCAGUUGCAACAAGACUGCUCCAGACUGCAGUCACUGAGGGCAGGUGGGUGUUCCUGGCCAACUGUCACCUGUCAAUGAGCUGGAUGCCAUCUUUGAGCCAGUUAGUCGACCAGCUGCAGGUGGAACAGUGUCACCCCAACUUCCGUUUGUGGCUGUCUUCCCUGCCCCACCCAGAUUUCCCGAUCUCUGUCCUGCAGGCAGGGGUUAAAAUGACUACAGAACAUCCUAAGGGUCUGAAGGCAGGCAUGAAGCGGCUGUACAGUCUAAUCACAGAGCAACAGUUCCAGAGGUGCCAUAAGUUAGAGAAGUACAAAAAGUUGCUGUUUGCUCUCUGCUUCUUCCACACUAUAUUGCUGGAGCGGAAGAAGUUCAAAAUGCUUGGUUGGAACAUCAUGUAUGAAUUCAAUGAUUCUGAUUUUGAGGUAGAUUUGUGGAGUUGUACUUUUGAUAAAUUUUAUUUAUUAUCAUCCAUGAUUUCUGUCUGA